AGUGUUUUAUGUAGCGCGGAACAAGGAGUAAAUUGAAAAGUAGCUAGUUCGCUCUACGUGUAAAUUAACGCGCGUAUCAUAAUUACUUUAUAUUAUAUAUUCUGUAACAGUAGCGAGGUAAAAGGCACAGCAUACGGAACACUGUGUGGUUGCUGACAUUACUCUCAGAAAGGUUUCACGAUGAUUUUAGCUAGCUACAACUAGCUAACAGCUAACUAGCUAAACCUUAACGGUAACAUUACACAGGAAACUCAAGCCGAAGUCAAGCUAAUGUGACGUGAAGUUUACUAAUAUAUGAGUCACAACAUGUCGUAUAUGAACAGACGUUUUCUUGUCCAUUAAUAUUUAAACUAUGGAUAAGUCCACAGUGUUAAACACAGCAGGUAGAGAGGACGUAGGUAAUUGUUAUAUCUGUCUGAGCCCAUUUGAAAAUCAAACAGUUGGCUCUCUGCAGAGCUGCCAGCAUGUCUUCUGCCUUCAGUGUAUUCUCCAGUGGUCCCAGACAGCCAACACUUGCCCAGUGGAUCGGAUCAGUUUUGCUUUCAUCCACCAGAGACGGUGUCCUGGAGGGGACAUUCAAAAGAAGAUCAAAGUGAGGACGAAGAUAAGGGAUGAGGAUGACGACGGUGAAGAGUGGGGAAGCAACACUGUUAUCUGUGAGGAAUGUGGACGCAGCGACCGCAGGCACCGGCUGCUAGUGUGCAUACACUGUGACUCAGGGUAUCAUAUGGACUGCUUGACACCACCAUUAAACUCGGGCCAUGAAGGUGACUGGAUUUGUACCGAGUGUGCAGUCAGUCCUCAGCAUACAGACGGCUCCAUGGUGGAGGAGGAGAUCAGUGAUGGAGAACUAACGGACCUUCUAGCUGAAGUAGAAGAUGAAACUCCAACUACCAGCAGUCGCCUUCGGCCGUCCACCAUGAAUCGUCCUCGCACUGAACGACGACACAGUCAGAGGAUCCAGAGUAGAGCCAGCGACAUGCCUGAUCCUCGCCCGCAGACCUCCUGGCAUGUACCUAAAUACCUGUUACGGGCAUCAAAGCCUGAAGUCACCACAGAUGAAGGAGCUGCUCGUCAUCACAGUGACACCAGCAGUGCUUCAGUUGAGUUAAAGACCAGAAAAAGAAGGAAGCGUGCAGCUUGAGCUCCUGACACCAAAAACAGUCUACACUGGAAGAUAGUGUGUAUUGUCAUUUCAGAAAUGACCACAUGAUGGCAGCAUUGUUUCAGCAGCUACAUGUUGAGUUACAGCCAUAAACAUUAUGAAGGUACUCUAGACUCACAAAGAUCGAGACCCUGCUCAAGGAGAGAAGUCAUGCAUUCAUGUGGAAUGAGCUUUGAGGUACAUCCUCACCUGCCCAUCUAACCUGGGCACAAGUCUGCAUGCAGGUGUGAAAGUGAAGCUGCCCAACACGAGCAAAUAUACCAAGUUUAAGGAGGUUCUGAAGAAGCUGAGUCGUGGUUCCUUUCUAUGGUUGUUACUGUAUUGUUUCAUUUCCUGUUUAAGUCAUUUUCAGUCUGUCAUUGAGACUGAUAAGAGGCAGAUAAAGCCCUAAUGCUACAAAGCAGGAGGUUAUACCCACAUAAAAAUUAAGCGUUGAAGUGAGUAAGGCUCUUAAGCGGACUCUUUCAAAAAAGUAAGUGAAUGAAAUGGUAGGUGGUGGUAUUUAUAUGUAUCUGUAUAGUUCAGUUUUUGUCUUUAACUUUUGUAAAAGAUCAGGCUGACAUUAUACUAUUCUUUUCUUAAUGUCAAUAAAUCCAAUGAAAAGACUAAAGCUAACAAUGCUUUACUCCGUCUGUC